CACCGUUUCCUCAUUUCACACACACCAUCACACACACACACUCACACACACAUCUGUAAAUAGGCUGCUAGUAAACACACACACACACACAAGUCACCGUCAGUCAUCAUCAACCAUCUCAUCAUGCACAGCAAAGAGCAGAUCAGUCAUGACGACUACCAGAAGACAGCUGAUUGGUUGAUGCUGCAAACGAAGCACCGCCCUCAGGUGGCGAUUAUUUGUGGCUCUGGACUGGGAAUGCUCGCGGACACCCUCAAAUGUCAGGACACGUUUGCUUAUUCCGACAUACCAGGAUUCCCUCAAAGCACAGUGCAGGGUCACGCAGGCCGGCUGGUUUUCGGGGAGCUGAAGGGGAAGUCGUGUGUGUGUAUGCAGGGUCGUUUCCACAUGUAUGAAGGACACUCGCUGCUGAAGACGACGUUCCCGGUUCGAGUCUUCAAGCUGAUGGGAGUGGAGACGCUGAUCGUGACGAACGCUGCCGGCUCAUUGGCUGACAGCCUCCAGCCUGGUGACAUCAUGAUCAUCAAAGACCACAUCAACUUCCCCGGACUGGUUGGACUGAACCCACUAUGUGGACCCAAUGAUGAAAAGUUUGGGCCACGCUUCCCAGCCAUGUCAGGUUGCUAUGAUAAAGGCCUGCGUUGCACAGCAAUGGAGAUUGCCAAGCAGAUGGGCGUCGCAGAACUUCUGCAGGAGGGUGUGUAUGCCAUGGUUGGGGGACCCAACUUUGAAACCAUCGCUGAGGCCAGACUGUUGCAUCGACUGGGUGUGGAUGCAGUCGGUAUGAGUACGGCCCCUGAGGUCAUCGUGGCAUCUCACUGUGGUCUGAGAGUCUUUGGUCUCUCUCUGAUCACUAACAAGGUGGGGAAGAGUUACGAUGACUCUGACAGUGUGAACCACGAGGGCGUCCUGGAGGUUGGUCGUCUGCGUUCUCAAACCGUGCAGCAGCUGGUGACUGAACUGAUCAGCAGGAUGGAGAUCAAUAACAAUGAAAACAUAAAGAACAACUCCUGAAAACACACAUGAAUACACCCCCCCCCCCCACACACACACACA